GCAUGAUCAUCAUGACCGAUGAGACUACACAUUCAGGUGCUGCUGCACCUUUUUUUCUUCUUGUUCGUACGCUAAAUUCACAUCGUCUCUUUUUGUUUGUUCCAAUCAUGCACCAAAGUGUUAUUGAUUGAUGGAGGAAGUGUACGGAUUAAUGAGUUACCAAGAGCAAGUUCAACAACAAACGGAGGUUCGCCAGAAACGAAGGAUUCCAACAGUGUUUGGAUCAGGCUCCAGUAGUAAUAAUAACAACAAUAAUAACACAAGCAGUAGAUUAGCUGAAGAUGAUAUCUCAUCAGCAAAUCGAGCCAAAAUCAUGUCUCAUCCACUUUACCCUAAGUUGCUUCAAGCUUAUAUUGCUUGCCAAAAGGUUGGAGCUCCACCGGAUAUAGCUAAUUUGUUCAACGAAAUCUUUAGAGAGAAUGAUUUUAGGCGGAGAUCCAGUGCGUGUUCCUGCGUUGGCGAUGAUCCAGAGCUUGACCAAUUCAUGGAAACUUACUGUGAGAUGCUGGAUCGGUACAGAUCGGAUCUCGCUAAACCGUUUGAUGAAGCAACGAUGUUUUUUAGCAAUAUGCAAACUCAACUUUCUGAUCUGUGUAAUGGAGCUUCUGUAACUAACCACACAGGAAGCAGACAAAAUAGCAUUGGCUGAAUCAACAGGGUUGGACCAAAAACAAAUAAACAACUGGUUCAUAAAUCAAAGGAAACGUCAUUGGAAACCAUCGGAGAAUAUGCAGUUUGCAGUCAUGGAUAACCUCUAUGGAACAUCGUUCAUUGUCAACAAUUAAUCCAAUCAAUCUCGAAUCUAUUAAUUAUUAGUUAGUUUAAU